AUGAUGAUUUUCAUCUUUCUCUCUCUGAUAGUUUCAGUGACUAUGAUAGGUUCCCUUGUUUACUCACUCACGCGCAGAUUCCCCGAGACAGAGAGGUGCAACUACUGGUACGAUUAUUCCCUGAUCGGUAUACCGGUUGGGCUUCGUGGCCACGUCGGGAAUCUUCUGUCCAUUGACAAUCUACCUGGACGGGAACGAUGUUGGGAAAAAAUCGGCGACCGCAGCCUAGAAGAGAAAUUACAUGUCUUCCUGGAAUCAGUGGGCGAAGAUCCAAAGGAAUUUCCUUACGCAUAUCUUAUUAGCGUACCACGGUUCUUAUGGUUCCAGCAAAGCGCUAUUAACUACUGGUAUUUAUAUUCAUCGAAUCGGGAAUUGACUGCCAUGAUCAUGGAGAUCAACAAUUCUUUUUUUGAGAAAAGAAAUUUCUUCUUCCGGGUAACCGGAGAUGGUCAGUCUGUUGACGAUGCUGAUAAUGGGUCAACGACUGUGACAGCGUCAACGAAGGGUCACCAUCCUGCAGUGUCCCUUCAUUUUUCGCCAUCAUUACCAAGGUCGAAACAAUACAAAGGUACCUGGGAGAAAGAUAUCUUCGACCCCGUGGUUGGACCAUCACUCCAAUCCAACCUGAGCUCCAAUACCCCGGAUGGCCAAGUGAAAGUAAUCACCCGUCCAUCUUCCUGGGGGAAGCCGGUAGACCCAUUGAAAGCCCCAGGCUGGACUAUAACGAGAUUCAUUGCACGUUGGACGCACGUUGGAGCUGUUUCUGCACCCCGAAUUGUCAAAGAAGCGCUCCGGAUUCCACUACGAGGUAGACUCACCUACCUGAAAAGACCCGAAGUUAGACCAGGGAGUAUUCCUCGAAAGGAAACGGAUGUUGAGAGGGCUCUCGAACUUCCUUUCCGACAAUACCUGUCUGAGCUAGCAUCUCACACCUCUUUCCCUGUAUCUAUCAAAUAUAUCCCGCCCAAGUCAAUUCACUUCGAUGACAUGACUUUCUACUCCCCGGCUUGUACUGCCUCCAGCUCACAACCAACUUUGGCAAUUCAGCCUCUCACUCCACGAUUCUAUACUUCCUUCCCACAGUAUGAUAGUCCUCAAGCUGCGUUUUCCACAGAGACAAGAGCAAGACCCACAAACUCAGAUGAAUCGUCUUGCCGUUUGUUUAUAUCAGAUUACUCGCUGACUCUGCAUAAGGCUACAAAACCAGGGGCCAGAAUUCAUAUGGGCUGGAAAUCCAAGAUACUCCACAUAGUAGUAUCCUCCCUCCGUACAUCAGCAGCGGAUACAUUCAUGGAUCGGUUCGUGACCCACCACCCUCACCCCUCGGUGCAAUACCGGCCAUCGUCCAAUUAUGCUACAUAUCAGCGCGGAGUAUAG